AUGCCUCGGGGCCAGAAGAGUAAGCUCCGUGCCCGUGAGAAGCGCCGCCAGGCCCGGAGGGAGACCCAGAAUCUCGGGGGUGCUCAGGCCACUGCAGCACAGAUAGAAGAGUCGCCCUCGUCCCCCUCUUCUGUUUCUCGGGGUACUCCCCCGAGCUCCCCUGCUGCUGGCGCUCGCCAGGAGCCUCAGGGAGCCCCGGCCACGAGCUCUCGUGCUGCAGGGGUUUCAGGCCCAGGAUCUGAUGUACGAGCCAAGGGCCGGGUUAAGGCAAGGAAAAGUUCCUCCCGGGCCUCAACCUCCGGUGAGAGCUCUCAGAGAGAUCCUCUGAUCAAGAAGGUGGGAAUGGUGAUGGAUUUCCUGCUGGAGAAGUAUACAAUGAAAGAGCCCAUUAUAAAGGCAGACUUGCUGAAGCUUGUGAACAAAAGGUACCGGGGGAAGUUCCCUGAGAUCCUCAGGAGAGCUGCUGAGUGCGUUCAGCUGGUCUUUGGCCUUGCAUUGAAGGAGGUCAAGCCGGGUGGUGACUCCUAUACCCUUGUCAGCAAGGGGCGUCGGAGCAGUGGCGGGCGGUUUCGGAAGAAUGGGCUCCUGAUGCUUCUCCUCGGUGUGAUCUUCUUGAAUGGCGACCGCGCCUCUGAGGAGGAGGUCUGGGAAUUCCUGAAUAUUUUAGGCAUCUGUGAUGGAAAUAAGCAUUCAAUCUUUGGGGAGCCCAGGAAGCUUAUCACAGAAGAUCUGGUGCAGGAAAAGUACCUGGUGUAUCGUCAGGUGCGCGACAGCGAUCCCCCGCGCUAUGAGUUCCUGUGGGGCCGGAGAGCCCACGCUGAAACGAGCAAGAUGAAAGUCCUGGAGUUUGUGGCCAAGGUGACUGGUACCGUCCCCAGUGCCUUUCCAGUCCAUUAUGAAGAGGCUUUGAGAGAUGACGAACAGAGAGCCCGAGCCCAAGCCAGAGCUGCAGCCAGGGCUCUAACUCGUAUCAAGGCCAGUGUGCGUUCCAACGUCACAUCUAGCAGUUCCUCCCGCCCUCAGUGA